AUGAACUUGUUGACGUUGUAUAAGUUAUCCAAGGCAAGACUUGCUGGCCACGAGGCUGCAUGCCAACAUCUUGCAGUUACAACAUGGAAGGUUCAGGAGGCAAAGGACUAUUUGGAAUUUUCCAAGGCGCUCAAUGAGGAUAACAAAAUGCGCCUUAGAACUUCUGAUGAAGAAUUGCGAAGAGUUAGAGUCGCUCUCACUGGCCAUAGCCAUUCAGAAAUUGAGGACGACAGGAACUACCUUCAAGCCGUCUAUGACAAUCAAUGCAAUAUUCUUCACGCCAUCGCUGCCCAGGCAGACAUAAUGGGAAAGGUUCUGGGCCUGAAUGUCAAGAAUGACUUGCUGUCAUCUACGGGAGAAUCUUCUCAUCACCCUCAAUUCACCAGCUCAGUUUACCGCAACGGUUCCCAUACAUCAUCCGAAGAUGGUGAUGAUAGUAAUGAUACCAUGGACUCGGACGAUGACGAAGAAGCUGAAAGCAACGAUGCAUAG